AUGUUUGGCCGUACCACAAUGGGCUGGAUGGAACAGCAUGCACGGUAUGCAGUCAACAGGGGAGCAACUGCACAUGAGCUUUGGGGAGGCAUGCCUGCAGUGGUGUUUAUGGGAGAUGAUGUACAGCUACCUCCUGUAUGUGACACUCCUGUGUACAUUCCAGAUUCUCGCAGCGCGCCAUCUAACCAUGGUCGCUUGGUAUGGAUUAUGUUCGACACUGCAGUCGAGCUUACUGAGAUUGUGAGGCAAAGCGAAUCUGAACAACAGCUGAGAGAUGUGUUGACGUCAUUGAGAACUUAUAAUACAACACAGCAGCAAAUCCAUUGGUUACAGCAGUUUCAGUGGCACAAUCUUCGCUUAAGCCAUGGUCCAGAACUUCUCGCAAGGAUGGAUGAGCAAGGGCUGUAUGUGUUUCCUACACAUUACCUGGAAUGGGAGCGUAAUAAAACUAAACUACUUGAAUCUAACAGAAAGCCAAAUCACCCAGUAGCAAGGAUCAAAGCAGUUGAGGAAGGUAGGCAUGCCAAGAAGGUCGAC